AUGGAGGGACCACUGCACUACAGACAGUUUAGAAACUACACCAAUCAACAAAAUGUGCGUAUUCGACACCUUAGGGAUAGAUUUAGCCCUUUAGAGGAAUACCACAAUGAAGACUUUUGUUUGCAUUUUCACCUUCAAAGGGAUUCAGUCAUUGACCUUGUAAAAAUUUUGGAGAAAGAUCUUCAACAUCAAACUAGGAGAGGACUGCCGCUGACACCAAUGCAGCAAGUGCUUAUUGCUUUGAGAUUCUAUGCAACAGGAACUUUUCAAAGGGUUAUUGGCGAUUUAUUUGGUGUUAGUGCAUUUGCUGCAUGUACUGCAGUUGACAAGGUUUCAAGGGCUAUUGCAAAACACAGAGCACAGAAACCUGGCGGAUACAAAGAGAAAGUUUUAUGAUGUUGUGCACUUUCCAGGUGUGAUCAGCGCCAUCAAUGGUACCCACAUCAGGAUCAUAUGUCCCAACAAAGAAAAUGCUAUGGCAUUUGCUAACAGAAAGCAGUUUUACUCCAUCAACGUCCAAUCCGUUUGUGAUAGCGAGGCCUUUAUUACUAACAUUGUAGCUCGCUGGCCUGGAUCGACGCACGACUCGUGCAUUUUUUAGAACAGCAAGAUCGCAGACAAAUUGAGGAAUGGUGCUAUUGAUGACAUUCUUGUGGGUGGCAAAGUGCGCUAUAAUACUGCACAUAGGCGUACUAGGUGUGUUAUUGAGAGAUGCUAUGGACUGCUAAUAGUCGUUUUCUGUGUCUUCACUUGGGACUGUGCACCGCCUUGA